GCUGCGACCGCCGCGCUUGCGCGGUGCGGCCGGCGGCAGCCGGGGUCACCCUGAGCUGCGGAGCGCGUCGCGAUGCUGAGCAGGUUGCUGGGCCCGCGCUACCGGGAACUGGCCAGAAACUGGAUCCCCACAGCAGGCAUGUGGGGUGCCGUGGGCGCUGUGGGGCUGGUGUGGGCCACGGACUGGCGGCUGAUUCUGGACUGGGUGCCCUACAUCAACGGCAAGUUUAAGAAGGACGAUUAAACGGAUCCUCCUCGGACGCCUCUGGUGUUGGCGGGUGCUGUCGCCUCUCUGUGAGCCCUUGCCGUGCCUGGACCUGCCCACGCCCUCAGGAUGGACCUUAGGGACACGGACAGCAUGACCGAGGACUCUUUCUGAAGAUAGCUUUCAUGUUUGAGUGCACACAGCAUUAAACCUUGCUCUGAAACCUG